GCGGACCCCACAGAACAUUGUCUAUAGAUUCGUAGGCAAAAAGAAAUUGGUAAUUAUCUCCAACCCAGAUAAAGAAACAAUAUGAACACAACAAUAUAAAUUAAAAAACACAAGCAAAAUUACAUAUUCGUCUCUUCAUUAACUCAAAAAAAUUGAGAUUCCAAUCUCCAGACAGCCCUGGAAAGCCUGAUUUAUUUAUUUGUUCUUGUUGUUAUUGUGUUGAAUCAAAUCCGGUCAUUUUUUUCCUCUGAAAGAAAUUUGUAUUUGUUUUCAGAAAUUCCCCUGUCAGCCCUAUAUAUAUUGGAAACCCAUGAAUCAGACCCUAUAAAAUUUGGGAUUUUAUCAUUGUGAAACCAGAAAUCAAUGGGAGCGGGAUCCAGCAGCAGAAGAAGACACCAGAAUAAUCCUCCCCCUGCACUUCCACCUCCCUACCAGAACCAGCAGAGCCCAUAUGUAUUUACGCCCAAUCCCUCAUACACCGUCCCUUACCCUCAUCCAGAUCCCUAUCCUCCUCCUCACGCCUACCAUCCACACCAGCAGCCAUAUUAUCAUUACAAUGGAGGUCCCAUGGUAGGUGGUCGCCAGAGCUACCCGCCACCACCAGCCCAGAGCAAUGGGAGCGCCCCCUGGUCAUAUGGGCUCAGACCCCCUUCUACCCCCUGGCCCCCUGCAGUCCAGCAGCAUCCCCCUACCACCUCACCUCCUCCUUAUGUGGAGCACCAUAAGGCUACUACUAUCAGGAAUGAUGUUAAUUUGAAGAAGGAGACACUGAAGCUGGAAAAGGAUGCAGAGGACCCUGAAAAGUUUCUUGUGACUUUCACAUUCGAUUCCAUGGUUCCUGGAAGUAUAAGCAUUUUUUUCUUUGCAAAAGAGGGAUCGAAUUGUAGCUUGACAGCACUGAAGCCAGAGAUCUUUACCCCAGUAAAGAUACCAUUUGAAAAAGGACUUGGGCAGAAAUUUCAGCAACCAUCAGGAACAGGAAUCAAUCUUUCGUUUGUGGAGGACGUUGAUCUAACAAAAGAGGGUCCAGAUGAAGUGUUUCCUCUGGUGAUCAGGGCAGAAGCAUGCCCAACAAGCCAGACAGCUAAUGAUUCAACUGUGUCUGAUCAACAAAUUGGCAACCCAUUACCCAAAACUGUCAAUUCUCAAAUUACACAAGCUGUACUUGAAAAGAGGGAUAGUGGAGAAUAUCGGGUCAAAGUUAUUAAACAGAUAUUGUGGGUUGAUGGUGUACGGUAUGAGUUGCAGGAAAUUUAUGGUAUUGGAAACUCUGCAGGGACAGACUUUGAUGCAAACGAUCCUGGAAAAGAAUGUGUUAUCUGCAUGUCAGAACCCAGGGACACAACUGUUUUGCCCUGUCGACAUAUGUGCAUGUGCAGUGAAUGUGCAAAAGUUCUUAGGUUCCAGACAAAUCGUUGCCCUAUUUGUCGGCGACCAGUAGAGCGACUUAUGGAAAUAAAGGUUAAUAAAACUGAAGAAUGAACAAAUGAUUGUGAGGAUGCAUCCUGGAACGGAAAAUAAAACUAUCAUUAUUUCAGAAUGUUUCCUUGUUUGCUGGGAGCUAAAACUGUAAAAUGUUUUGCGCUUGGAGCCUCUAGGAUAUAUGUACUUAUAAGUUUUCUGAUUUUAUUCUUUGUACAUAUUACUCAAGCGGCUUGCAAUUAUCUGAUUUUGAAUUUUUGAAUGCUAUUGCUUGAUAUUAUGAGCAAUACUACUCUUGUGGUCAAGCAUAACAGUUACUGGAGAGCAUUCUUUUAACAUAUAUUUACACGGUGAAUAUCUAGUAUGAUUCUGAUAUUCACUCAAACUGUUGAAGUUCAAAGAUGUUACUUUCAAUUUACAAUAUUGCUGUGGCAGGUUUGCAAAAUGCCUGUUCUUAUUGAUCACUCAAGCUUUAGCCGGGUAACAGUUUCAAGGAAAUUUGAAUGUGAGGAAUUAAUUAGAAAGA